GCCCGCCUGUGCGAGUUGGCGAUGUUGCUGGGGGCCUGCGCCGUGGCAGCCGCACCCCUGGCGUCUGCUGCUCUCGGGGGUGGCCCUGUGUGACCGGGUCUGCCCCGGUGACUCCGCGUCCUUAGCCGCCUCGCCCUCACGGUGGCUUCCAGAGUCGUGGCUACUGCGGCCUUGCUUGGUCUCCAGCAGCCUCAGGCCAGCUGGGUCAUUCACCCGGUCCCGCAGCUCGCACAGGGCUCCCUGGAGCGGCAGGGCGCAGGAGCCGUGGACCGGAGCUGGGGAAGAAGCCUGCCUGCUGCAGAGGGAAGCUGGGGCGGGGGGUUGUUUCCCCGCAGGUCAGCGAGUUUUCUUGCCCGGUGACACGCCUCAUCGGGUCAGGGUAGCGGUGACCCGGCACCCCCUGCUUUCUCACCUGCCCUCGCAGCUGUCUGGUUGGCCUUUGCCUGGAGCCGAGUGGGGCCUGGGCAGCGCGGCUGACGGAGGGGGUUGGGGGUGAGGUCAGGGCUGGGUCGCCCUUGUAGAUGCUGCCCGCCUGGCCCUGUGGCGAGUCUGCUCUGCUCUGGGCAGCGGGUGCCUGUCUGGUCCAGACUGGCCCCCGGGGCCCCCGACGCCCAGGCACCUCUGCAGCCGUGUGUGCGGGAUGGCCCUGGGGGGAGAGCUGCCCGCGCCUGGCCAGUGUGGAGUUGCGCCCCCCGGGGAGCUCGGGCAGCAUGCUGAUGGCGGGUGCUGGCGUGGGUUGAGGGGCAGAGGCUACAUCCCUGGUCUGCGGACUACAACUGAAAACCGGGGGCAGGUGUGACCUCUGCACUGUGCCCGGGGAAAGGAACCGGAGAAGGAAGAGGCGGGAUGGCAGCUUCUCGGGGAUUGUUGACCUUCAGGGACGUGGCCAUAGAAUUCUCUCGGGAGGAGUGGGCGUGCCUGGACCAGGGGCAGCGGGCCUUGUACCGGGACGUGAUGCUAGAGAAUCACAGGCACCUGACCUCCUUGGGUUUGACUGUCUCCAAGCCAGACCUGGUCGUCUUUUUGGAGCAGAGGAACGAGCCCUGGGAGGUGAAGAGAAAGGUCACACCCCCAGGUCUAGCUGUGCCGCAGAGAGCCCCUGGUGGAGAGAAACGUUACAGGUGCGAAGAGUGUGACAAGGUCUUCAAGGGGUGCACCCACCUGAAGCAGCACCUGCUGAUCCAUUCUGGGGAGAAGCCUUACAGGUGUACACAGUGUGGCAAGGCCUUUCGGUGGUGCUCCAACCUGAAGAAACAUCACAGAAUCCACACCGGCGAGAAGCCUUACCGAUGUGAGGAGUGUGGCAAAGCCCUUCUGUGGAUCUCAAGCCUCAAGCGACAUCAGAGAAUCCACACUGGGGAGAAACCUUACAAGUGCAAAGAGUGUGGCAAAACCUUCACCAGGUGCUCACACCUGAAGCAGCAUCAGCAGACGCACACCGGCGAGAAGCCCUACAGAUGUAAAGAGUGCGGCAUGACCCUGAUGUGGUACUCCAGCCUGAAGCGCCAUCAGAGGACGCACUCUGCAGAGAAGCCUUUCAAGUGUAAAGAGUGUGGCAAAACCUUUAACAGGUGCUCACACCUGAAGCAACACCAGCAGACUCACACCGGCGAGAAGCCGUACCAGUGUCAGCAGUGUGGCAUAACCCUGAUGUGGAACUCAAGCCUGAAGCGGCAUCAGAGAAUUCACUCUGGAGAGAGAACUUAGAAUGGACAGGCCGUGGCGCCACCUUUGUACGUCCCUCUAACCUGGAGGAGCAUUACUGAAUCUGUUCUGGAGAGAAACCGUAGAAAUGUGAUGAAGCCUGCCAGGGUUUCUCAGGCCUGAAGCAUCAGAGGAACCCAAUGCAGGAAAACCUUGCAGAUGUAGUAAAGAGGCAGCGUCUGACCACGCCUCACUCAGCGCCAGAGGGUUGCUUGUCGGGGGAACCUGUACCAAAGCAAGGAAUGUAACCAGAAAAUACACCCCAGGGAAGCCUUAGGAGCGCGAAGAAUGCAACGAGGCUUUUCACCUCACUCCUGAGCAGCAGGGGAAAGGUCAGAGUAGAGAGACCGCACGGAGACCUUUGUCAGAGUUUUCCGUCGAGUAUAAAAUUAGCGAUUGCACGGCGCUCGUGCUGGAGAGAAGAAGUGGAAAGAGCCAGAGCCCUUGUCACCCUUCACAGAAGAAAAUUCAUACUGGAGAGGAAACUUCGAAAUGUGAUGGAUGUGGAAAGACUGUGCUAUGUACACCCUACAGCACAAGAACCUUCGUGCUAGAAGAUUCUUAUGGAUGCAGAAUUGUGGGGAAAUAGUUGAUGAAAACCUGUUAUAACUUAACAGCAGAAAAUUUACACUAAAAACACUAAGACUAACAUUUCUUGAGGCUCAAAUUGAGAGCAUUUAUGAUAGAAAAAAAAUAUAAAUUGGAAAGUGCUGUCAGCAAUUGUAAGGGUUGCCAUUGUAAGGGUUUCAGAGACAGAAGUCAGGGUCAUGCCAUCUUGAGGGAAGGGCUGGGGUUCAGGAGGAGGAGGGUGACUCACCGGGGGGUGAGAGGCGUUGAGUGGUUGACGUAACUCCCGCGCUGAUAAGCUGCCUCAAGGGUAAGUAAUUCUGGGCAAGCCCCACCUACGGACAGGUAGCUAAGGGAGAGGGACGGUUUGUCCCGGACUACGUGGGGUGUACAUUGCCUUUAGCUCAAAACCAUCCACUUGCCAAAAUAAGACGUUUUGUAGAGGCUUGUUCUGAACCCAUCACCGAUUUCUCGUUAGAGGUAAAGUCUGGGUAGCGUCUCAAAUCCCUGAGAGGUCCUCAUAAUGCUGUUUUUAGAAGUCAUAAUAAAUAUGUGUGGUAGAGAGAAAUACUCAGAGGAAAGCGUGUGUCCUGAACUGUCACACGGCCAGUGAGUUCCUGCUCUCUAGAUGGCAGCCUCGUUCUUCAGACUGCAGAAGCCGAACACUUGGAAAGAUGCAGCAGUGGAGCAGGAACGCUCUGGAGGGACUCAUCUGGGGCUGGGAGCACGUGCAGGCCGGUGCCAGUGAGGCUGGGUGCGUGUCCUGAGUGCGUGUGUGGUCAGGACAGAGUGUGGUCACACAAGUGGACGUUUGGCCGUCCAACACGCCUGAGGGGGUGCGCGAUUGCCUUGGAUUUCGAAAUGUUUUAUUUAGUCUCUGUGUGAACUAAGACGUGCUUCACUUAGUGGAGCUGACUGGUUCUCAGUGUGUUGUCACUGAUGGGCGGUGAGUAAAGUGUGAUUGUGAACAUGAAAUGCCUUCACCUUCCUCAGAACACAUGGUAACUACAUACUGUUGAGAGACAGAGUAGAAAAUCGCCUCUAAUAAGCCCUGUUCCUUUAGUCUUAGCAAAAAUAACCCUUUUAUGUAGCCUAUGGAAAUAUUGUUCCUAUAGAUUAUAGUUGGAAUCUUUUAUACUUUAUGCAGCUAGCUGGACAGUGGAGUGAGUGCAGUAAAGAUUCUAUAGUAUCUUUUUUUUUUUUUAAAGAUUUAUUUAUUUACACAAGAACUGGGGUAUAGACCAGAGGCGCGGGAGGUGAGAGGAUUCAUCAGAGACAGAGCGGAGAACAGAACAGGCAGACUGACGAAAUACACUGCUGAGGGGAGCAGCGGGGAGACGGGAGAGGUCUGCUGCCCAUGUGGGUAGCUCCGCAGGCGGCCAGGAUCGAACCCCCGCUGCAGAGGCUGCCGACAGCUUCACAGUGCGGCGCUCAACUGCCUGCGCCACCAGGGAGGCCCCACUCUCUGGUAUCUUUAAGGAAGCCACACCUUGAUGGACUCUGUAUAUUUAUCAAUAAAGUCUCUAUGUACUCAUCACCCACUUCUGGGAGUACAGGAGAUAUUCAGGUUAUUUUGGGUUCAAUUUAUAUUGAAGAGAACACAUACUACGCUGGUGUUGCUGAAUUUGGCAGAGAGCAGCUGAGUAAGCUGAGACGGGAGGCUUUUUCAGGGAGAAAAUGAACUGUCUGCUAGUAGCGGUGGGCACGGCAUUGCAUGUCUGUACAAGCCCAACAAUAAGCACCAGCGAGGGGGAGUUGUGAGACAACUGGGUUCUGGGUGGUUGUGAUGAGUCUGUGCUGAUGCAUCAGCCCCAGCAGCUCUGGGGGAGGCUGUGCCUGCGAGGAAACUGAGUCUCUGGGAGAGCUCUGCGUUUUGCUCUGUGUUUCCAUGCAGGACAUUUGUCUAAAAUGGUACCUUUUAUUUUUUAUUUUAUAUAUUUUUCACAUCAUUUUUCAUUUUUGCACAAUGUGUGCAUUUUCAUCUUGGUUAUAGUACCCGUACAAUUCCCACCCCCCCUUGUUUUGAUCCUACUCCUUGCUGUCCCCCCCGCCCCCCGCCCCAUGGUUUAUAGUUGCUUGUUGAUUUUGAUUUUUACUUUAUUAUAAUUAGUCUUUUUCCUGGUCCCUUAUUUAGGUUUUCUAGAUUCCUGCUAUGAGUGAGACCAUCCGGUAUUUUUCUUUUUCUUUCUGGCUUAUUUCGCUGAGCAUGAUCCCUUCCAGCGCCAUCCAUGUUGCUGCAAAUGGCAUGAGUUUAUCCUUUUUGAUUGCUGAGUAAUAUUCCAUGGUAUAUAUGGACCACAUCUUCUUGAUCCAGUCAUCUAUUUUUGGGCAUUUGG